UUUGGUUUUUAACAACAUUGGCAACUUCAAGUCUUGUAGACAUGGAUUAAUGUGAUCUUUGUUUGUACUUAAAAAAUUUAUUAUUGUUAUAAAAAUAUUUGCAUUAUUGAUUAGAUAUUCUAACAAGAAAGGGAGUAAGCAUGUUUAGGUAUAUUAGAUUAGCUUAGACCAAGUAUUAGCUACCAAGGCAAACCUAAUAGUUUAUUGUUAAAUCUGUCCUGUUAUAUGUUUCUUCUAUAUAUUAGAGUUUCACACUUUCACUUAUGGCUUGUGGAUAGGCUGAAAGGGAAAUAAAAGCUCUAGAGAAAGAAAAAGCAAAUGGAGGUAUUACAGAGAGGGUUGGUGUUGUUAAUGGUUUUCAUGGUUUUUCAGAGAGGAGAGGGGCAAUUAUUUGAGAAUUUCUAUAGGGGUACUUGUCCGAAUCUAGAAAUGAUAGUGAAACAAGUAGUGUCCACCAAGUUCACCCAAACAUUUGUUACGAUCCCUGCUACGCUGCGCUUGUUCUUCCAUGAUUGCUUUGUCGAGGGAUGUGAUGCAUCAGUCAUGAUAGCAUCACCAAAUGGAGAUGCAGAAAAGGAUGCUCAAGACAAUCUCUCCCUCGCAGGAGAUGGAUUCGACACCGUAAUCAAGGCAAAGCAGGCAGUGGAAGUACAAUGCCCUGGAAUUGUAUCUUGUGCCGAUAUUUUAGCACUUGCAGCAAGGGAUGUUGUAGUACUGGCUGGUGGCCCUUCUUGGGAAGUAGAAUUAGGACGUCGAGAUGGCCUCGUAUCCCAAGCAUCCAAGGUAGCAGGGAACUUACCAGAUCCAGAAUUCAACCUUGUUCAACUCAACACCAUUUUUGCUAAAAACAACCUUACGCAAUUCGAUAUGAUUGCACUCUCAGGAGCUCAUACUCUAGGCUUCUCUCAUUGCAAUCGCUUUUCGAAUCGCUUAUACUCCUUCUCUUCAUCUUCAGUUGUUGAUCCUAGUUUGGACCCAAACUACGCACAACAGUUGAUGCAAGCCUGCCCUCAAAAUGUAGACCCCAGCAUUGCCAUCAACAUGGACCCUGAAACCCCAAGAACUUUCGACAAUGUGUAUUACCAGAAUCUUGUUUCUGGGAAGGGCUUGUUCACUUCAGACGAGGUGCUUUUCAGUGAUCCAGCAUCUCAACCAACCGUAAGUGAUUUUGCUAGCAACCCUGGCAACUUUAAUGGAGCCUUUAUCACAGCAAUGAGGAAACUUGGGAGGGUGGGAGUCAAAACCGGGAAUGAAGGAGAGAUAAGAAUGGACUGCACAAAAUUUAAAGAUGCUUAAAAGUGAUUGUGUUCGUGGUGCGUGCUUGUCAAUGCAUUGAAAGAUGGAUGCGAUUGUUCUUUUGUAAAUCAUCAUACAAUAAAAGGAAUACGUUGCUGAAGUAGAUUUCAAGACUGUUUACUUGUUCAUACAUACAAUAAAAGUCAUUAAUUAAUUGCCCUA